AUGGCGACGUACAAGACGACGAGCACGGACGAGACGCCGCAAGCCGUGCCCGUGCAGCCGACGUACCCCGCCGCCUACAACAGCGCGCCGGCGCAGCCGUAUGGGUACCCGCCGCAGCAGGGCUACCCGCAGCAGAGCUAUCCGCCGCAGCAAGCCCCCAUCUACAUUGCGCAACAGUACCCUACGGGAACGGCGGUCUACGGCUCGGGGCCGCUUCCGAUGCACCACGGCCCAGAGCGCCAGCACGAAUGCGGCUUCUUCUCGCUGAGCCAGCUCGUCUCGAACGUCUGCAACUCGGCCCUCCUGCUCGUGCUGCAGUUCUUUACGAUGUUUUUCGCUGUUUUUGCGUUUGUAUUUGUCGCGAUCGGCUUCUUCCUUGGCGUCGGGCUCCUCCCGCUCUGCUGCCUUGGUCUUGUGGUCUUCGGUCUCUUCAACUUUUGCCUCCGCCCAGUGGCGAGCAUCGAUGACUUGCUCUACCAGCAGCGCCGCCGCAUCUACGACCGCCUUCUCGCCGACUAGUAAAACUCAUGUGUAGUCCGUCGACUCUGGUAGUGUUCGGUUGUAAGAGCAUGCAUAAACACAUUAUGGG